UUUUAAAAAUUACAUCUAUUGGGAUUAAAAUCUAUUAAAAUUGAUUAUUUGAAUUGAAAUAUGUAUCAGAAGAAAUGUAACAAUGAAAUCCUCUAAAUAAAAUAACAUCGUUUAUAUAACCCAAAUAACGCCGUUACCAAAAUCUCAAAAUUAACUAAAACCUCGAAUUAAAACUUUAAACGAUGGGUAACAAACAAGAAGAGGUUGAAUUCGAUUGGAUUACCCUACAUGAUCAAAUGGGGUUAAUGGGUACUGAAACAACUAAGGAUAAAUUCAUCCGGAAAAUGAAGGAAAAUCCUUUCGUUCCUAUUGGAUGUUUGGCUACAACGGCUGCUUUGGGUUAUGGAAUUUGGAGCUUUAGUAGUGGAAAUACAAAAAUGUCACAGAUGAUGAUGAGAACAAGAGUGGCUGCGCAAGGAUUUACUAUUGUUGCAUUAUUGGUUGGACUUGGAUUAAGUAUUAAAGAUAAAAAGUGAAAUAUGAAAUGUUAUUAGUAAUAAAUAUUAGUAAUAAAAACAAUUUUGUUUGUACAUAUGUAACUUAGAGUAAUAGAAUAUAAAUAUUUAGAAUCUUC